CGUCUAAGCUCAAAGAGCGCAAGCAAACAGAAAAGCCGAAGUCUGCAAAGACUCAGAGCAAGGCUCCCGCGAAGCCCAGCAAGUUGCAGCAGCGAGCGGCAAAGUCCUCAGACGAAUCCGAGGAGGUCGACGAGCUAGAGGGCGCAGAGGAGGUAGAAGGACAAGAAGAUGGAAGUGAAGACGAUGAGGAAUUCAGCGGCGAGUCGGACGACGAAGAUGACUCCGAGGAGGACGUGGACGAGGAGGGCAUGGAGAAGCUCAUGAACGCCUUGGGCGACGACGGCCUGGACGAGUUCGACGUGGAGCAGCUCCGCGCGCUCACCGGAGACGAGGAUGAGGAGAGCGGGGAAGGAGAGGGGAGUGAGGACGAGGGUUCCGAAGAGGAAGGCUCGGAUGUGGAAGAGCAAGAAGGCUCGGACGCGGAAGAAGACGAUGAGGCGCAGUCUGAGAAUGAGGAUGCCAUUCCUGUCGACGAGCUUUCCGACGAAGAAGAGCUGGACGAAGACGCGGAGACUCGCCAGAAGGUGGAAAUUGAUAACGGGAUUGCCAUGGAGCGCAUCCGGAGUACCAUUGCGCUCAGUCCUUCAUUACCCUGGACGGAGACCCUCACAGUCACAUACCCCGAGUCUAUCAGCGUCGACGUUGACGACGAUCUAAAUCGCGAGCUCGCAUUCUACAAGCAAGCACUGCACGGCGCACAGACGGCGCGCACUCUUGCACAAAAACAUAGCUUCCCCUUCACCCGCCCAACAGACUACUUCGCGGAAAUGGUCAAGAACGACGCGCACAUGGAGCGCAUCCGGCAACGGCUGCUCGACGAGGGCGCGGGCAUCAAGCGCUCCGAGGAGAAGCGCAAAGAGCGCGAGGGGAAGAAGUUCGGCAAGCAAGUCCAGAUGGACAAGAUCAAGGAGCGCCAGCAGAGCAAGAAGGAGAUGGAGGAGCGUCUCAAGGGCCUCAAGCGGAAACGAAAAGGGGCGCUGGACGGCGCCAAGGAGGGCGACGGCGAAGACUUCGACGUCGCGGUCGAGGACGCGCUUGCCGACCGGCCGUCAAAACGCGCAAAGGGCGCGAACGACAAGCCCAGGCUCCCGCGCCAGGCGCGCGACCAAAAGUUCGGCUUCGGAGGCUCAGGCAAGCGGUCGAAGCAAAAUACGAAGGAGUCCACGGACAGCUUCGUCGAGCGCGGUGGUUCGGGCGGCCGUGGUGGGAGGGGCGGCGCUAGGGGCGGUCGCGGGGGUCGUGGUGGCGGCCGUGGCGGUGGAGGUGGACGGGGCGGUAGGGGAGGCGGUGCGAGCGGCCGGGGCGCGAAGGGUCCUUCGAAGCGACCGGGCAAGGGUAGACGGGAAACCCAGCGGAGCAAGUCAUAGUGAUGGCUACCGUCUUCGCCUCUACUUCUGGGCUGCUUGCGACCUUACCCUUCUCGCAUAUUUGCGGUCCCCACAGGAAGAGUAGCCAUCUCAAGCGUGGGCUGACAUCAUUACUGAGAACGAUUACUAUUGUAUAGCUUCCCAUGUUUUUGACAUGCAAGAUUCCGACUG